UUGGCGAAACAUCAGCGGUCCGGACGGAAGCGGAGGACCAUCAUGCGAUCCCGAGAUCCAGCCCACAUAUCCCACAUAACAGACGACACUUUUACGGACGACGAUCUGGGUAACUAUGGCGUUUGCCUCGAGGACUUGCAGCUGUUUGCCCAACUGGAGGAUCUCUCCGGAGAAAGAUUGCCAAUGGAGAUGGAGCUGCUCAGUCCGGGCUCGGAAUUCGAUCUGUUGGAACUUGUAAAUGGGGCUCUCCAGCAGCGCAACACCACGGAACAUAGGCAACCAGACAUAUGUAAGCCCAAGCGAAUACCACCCACUAAGCGCCUCUGCAGUGCUGGAAAGGAGCACACCUGCGACGUGUGCGGCAGACGCUUCUCGGAAGCCUACAACCUGCGCAUCCACAAGAUGACCCACACGGACGAGAAGCCGCAUGUGUGCGAGGAGUGCGGCAAGGGGUUCCGGCAACUGAAUAAGCUUCGCAUCCAUGCAGUGACCCACACAGCGGAGCGGCCACACAAAUGCGACAUCUGCGGCAAGGGCUUCCGGUAUGCAAACUACCUAACUGUCCAUCGACGAUUGCAUACGGGAGAGAAGCCAUAUCCGUGUUUAAUCACGGACUGCCAUCUCUCAUUCCACUCCAUCCACGCGCGCCGCAUCCACACAAAGCUCAGGCAUGCGGCCCAAACCAGUCCGGAUUCCGAUCAUCCGCUGGCAGAGCAAGACCAACUGGAGACGACCGCGCUCAGCUUCACCUGCCCGGUCUGCAGCCGGAUCCUCACAGAUCAGUGCUAUCUUAGCAUUCACCUGAAGCGGCACUACAACCAGCGCGAUUUCCCAUGUACACAGCCGCACUGCGACAAGCGGUUCUUUAGUGCCUCGGAGCUGAAACACCACCAGAUCGCCCACACCCAACAGCGUCCCUUCGCCUGUCCACUCUGUCCAGCACGAUUUCUGCGCAAAUCCAAUCAUAAACAGCACCUCAAGGUGCACGAGCGUUGACAACUCGAGAGCACUUCGAUUAUUUUAGAAUAAGGUACAAUUUACCCGCUCCAUUCAAAUCCAAUUCCAGCCGAACGCGAGAUUCGCCCCACCCUAAGCUGCGCCAGAAGGGGCUUGGGCUGUGCUUUCCAUUCAAUAUAGGUGUUUAUUUAUAUA